AUGACCAUGGCUGUCUCCGUGCCUCCGGUGAUCUCUGCAACUUCCAGCGGUGCCGGCGUCCCGGGGGGCUUGUUUCGGGCAGAAACCUUGUACUCGACUCCUGGGGAGCCUCCUCGUCUCACCCCUAAUAUGAUCAACAGUUUCAUGGCUAAUAACCACAGCAGCAGCGCCAGGGGUGGCGGAGUUGGUGGAGCCACCGGAGGCAGUGGCAACACCAACACCGAGUGCAGGAUGGUGGACAUGCAUGGGGUGAAGGUGGCUUCGUUCCUGAUGGAUGGUCAGGAACUGAUCUGCCUGCCGCAAGUCUUUGAUCUCUUCCUUAAGCACCUGGUGGGAGGGUUGCACACGGUGUACACCAAGCUGAAGAGACUGGACAUAUCCCCCGUGGUAUGUACUGUGGAGCAGGUCCGGAUACUCCGCGGUCUGGGGGCCAUCCAGCCGGGGGUGAACCGCUGCAAACUCAUCACCAGAAAAGACUUCGAAACUUUGUUCACCGAUUGCACCAAUGCCAGAAGAAAGAGGCAAAUGACAAGAAAACAAGCUGUUAACAGUUCCAGGCCCGGCAGGCCUCCUAAGCGUUCUUUGGGAGUGUUUCAGGACAAUGCUCGCCUUCUGCCCCAUUCAGUCCCAGGCCUUUUAUCACCAGGACUUAUCACUCCGACAGGUAUAACAGCUGCAGCAAUGGCUGAGGCAAUGAAGCUGCAGAAGAUGAAGCUUAUGGCAAUGAACACUCUUCAGGGAAAUGGAAACCAAAAUGGGGCUGAAUCAGAGCCUGAUGAUCUUAAUUCUAAUACAGGUGAAAGUGAAUCCUCCUGGGAUAAGGAUAAGUUGCAGUCUCCUCUUGCUGCUCCUGGACCCCAACAUGGACUUACUCAUGCAGCCCUGUCUAACCAGCCAGGUCUUGAGGGUGCUUCUACCCUCAAUCCACUGCAGCAGAACAACCUACUGACCAAUAGACUGGAUCUGCCAUUUAUGAUGAUGCCACAUCCCCUACUUCCAGUCAGCUUACCUCCUGCAUCAGUUGCCAUGGCAAUGAAUCAGAUGAACCAUCUCAAUACUAUUGCCAACAUGGCUGCUGCAGCCCAGAUUCACAGUCCACUCUCCAGAGCUGGGACCUCUGUUAUAAAGGAACGGAUCCCAGAGAGUCCUUCUCCUGUUCCCUCUCUGGAAGAUAAUCAUUGUCCUGGGAGUCAAAUUUCCUCCCACCCCAGCAGCAGUGUGUCCAGUUCUCCUUCUCAGAUGGAUCACCAUUCAGAGAGGACAGUCAUGAUGCCCAACAAUAGAGAAGAACUUAUUGUUGAUCAGAAUAAUGGACCCACCAUCAAAAGGGAUAAUAAAGAAGAGGUACCAUUUCAAAUUCCAAUGAUCAAGUCACCCUUGGACAAGAUCCAGUUGACUCCUGGACAGACAUUACCUCCUGGAUUCCCUGGGCAAUUCAUUUUUGCUGAUAGUUUGUCCUCUGUGGAGACUCUGUUGACCAACAUUCAGGGCCUACUGAAAAUGGCUUUGGAUAAUGCUCACAUCCAGGAGAAGCAGAUUCAACAAGAAAAAAAGGAACUGCGAAUGGAGCUCUAUAGAGAGAGAGAAAUUAGAGAAAACCUUGAAAGACAACUCGCAGUUGAACUUCAAAGCAGAACUACCAUGCAAAAGCGUCUGAAGAAGGAGAAAAAAGCCAAGAGAAAACUGCAGGAAGCCUUGGAAUUUGAAACAAAACGCAGGGAACAAGUGGAACAAGCACUUAAGCAAGCCACUACUAGUGAUGGUGACUUGAGGAGGUUGAAAGAUACUGGAAUUCCAGAUAUUGAAAUAGAAAAAAAUGGGACUUCUCAUGAUAGUACCUCUAUUCAAGAUCUACAAGAAGGCAACAAACUGGAUGUGACUGACAAAUCCAUUUGA